AUGACCAUCCAUGUAGAGGGGCUUGUGGCUAUCGCACUCUUCUAUCUGCUCAUCCUGUUCGUGGGCAUCUGGGCGGCAUGGAAGAACAAACACUCCGGGGAGGCGGAGGGCGCCGACCGCAGCGAAACUAUCAUGGUUGGAGGGAGAGACAUUGGAUUAUUUGUCGGUGGAUUUACCAUGACAGCGACCUGGGUUGGAGGAGGAUACAUCAAUGGCACAGCUGAAUAUGUGUACUUACCUGAUUAUGGUUUAGCUUGGGCGCAAGCUCCCUUUGGAUACGCCCUCAGUCUAGUUGUGGGUGGUCUUUUCUUUGCUAAGCCCAUGCGCUCACGAGGUUACGUCACUAUGUUGGAUCCAUUCCAGCAGCUUUAUGGGAAACGCAUGGGUGGCCUCCUCUUCAUACCUGCACUUAUGGGAGAGAUCUUCUGGUCUGCUGCCAUCUUGUCUGCCCUGGGUGCGACUCUGAGUGUCAUUGUGGAUAUCAACAUUAGAAUGUCAGUGGUUAUCUCAGCACUCAUAGCGAUCUUUUACACGCUGGUUGGAGGACUUUACUCUGUGGCCUACACUGACGUCGUGCAGCUCUUCUGUAUCUUUGUUGGCCUGUGGAUCAGUGUUCCUUUUGCCUUGACCAACCAGGCUGUGUCAGACAUCACUGUUACUGCAGUGAAGCAGGUGUACCAGUCUCCCUGGAGAGGUUCUGUCCAGAAAGCUGACACCUGGGUCUGGAUCGACAACUUCUGCCUCCUGAUGCUUGGAGGAAUACCCUGGCAGGUUUACUUCCAAAGAGUCCUGUCUGCCUCAUCGGCCACCUAUGCUCAAGUCCUCUCCUUCCUGGCUGCCUUUGGCUGCAUCAUCAUGGCCAUCCCCUCCGUCCUCAUUGGGGCCAUUGGGGCCUCCACAGACUGGAACCAGACAUCUUAUGGUGCCAUCCCUCCUAAAGACAAGGACCAAGCAGACAUGAUUCUUCCCAUCGUUCUGCAACACCUUUGCCCACCAUUUGUCUCUUUUUUCGGCCUGGGCGCCGUGUCUGCUGCUGUCAUGUCAUCUGCAGAUUCCUCCAUCCUUUCAGCAAGCUCCAUGUUUGCCAGAAACAUCUAUCAACUCGCCUUCAGACAGUCGGCGUCUGACCGUGAGAUCGUGUGGGUGAUGCGUAUCACUAUCUUUGUUUUCGGCGGCCUUGCCACAGUGAUGGCAUUGGUAACAGGGACGGUUUAUGGCCUCUGGUACCUGAGCUCAGACCUGGUUUACGUAAUCAUUUUCCCCCAGCUGCUCAGUGUCCUCUUCGUCAAAGGCACUAACACGUAUGGCUCUGUGGCUGCUUACCUAUUUGGUAUGUUCUUACGAAUCGGUGGAGGUGAACCCUACCUGCAGCUGCCUCCCUUCAUUUACUACCCUGGCUGGACCACUGAGCUGAGGAAACACCAAAUGACUGGUGAAAUGGAGGAGGUAGUCGUCCAGAAGUUCCCUUUUAAGACCAUCUCUAUGCUUGCCUCCUUCCUUGGUAACGUUGCUUUCUCCUACCUGGCAAAGUACCUGUUUGAAAGCGGGAAGAUUUCACAUAAAUACGACUUUCUGGAUGCUGUGGUGUCCAAGCACAGCGGGGAAAUUAUGGAUAAAACCACGCUUGUAACUCGAGGUAACAACAUCGGGCUGUCAGAGAUGGCGCCCGUGAAACCACGACUGAGUGUGACCUUGGCGGCAGCCUUCACGCGCCGUGACACACUGCCAAAAGAAACCGUGGAGGAGGAGGAGGAGUCGAGCCCUGAUACCUCCCACCAUGAUGAUGAAUGA